CUUUCUGCUGGCUGUCGCCGGUAAUUUCCAGUUUCCGGAGAUUGGAUCGCUCCAUCUCAUUCGGUGUUACCCACCAGGUGUUUGUUGUUUUGCUUGUGUGAGUUCGUAUUGUUCUUCCUUCCUUCGCUACUAAAUGAAUGAAUCGGCCUGGGAUGGAACUUUGUCCGCGAGCGAGUUCUCAGCAUCUGCUCAAGCUUUUGCUGAGAAAUGGAAGCUCAAUAACCCAGCUUACCCUCCAUGGACAUGGGUCAAAUCCCUCGAAGUUCCCAUCUUUGCUACUAAUCAAGUCGAGGAAGGCUACCUCUCGUUGGAGAACGUUUGCAUCGUGAAGUCGAAUGAUGAUGAAGUUGCGUCUUGUGUGGAAGGCGAAGCAAGCUUAUAUGAUAAAGAGGAUGAGGAAUCAACCGACAGUGCUACACUGAGUGGUAAUGAUAAUGUUCAACCCUACUAUUUUGAUUUCCACAUAAUCUACAGUGCAUCAUUCAGGGUUCCAGUGCUAUAUUUCCGGGCAUAUUGCAGCGAUGAAGCAUAUCCUUCUGCACUCUUGAGUAACCAAGUUUUUCUUGCAGAUGGAAGAAGCUUGGGGUUGAACGAAAUUGAGUCGGUACUUCCAGCCAACUCUGCCAAGGUCUUGCUGGAAUCAAAGUGGACUUUCAUAACUCAAGAGGAGCAUCCGUACCUGAAUAGACCCUGGUGCAAAUUACAUCCUUGCGGGAGCAGUGAUUGGAUGAAAUUGCUAUUCCAGGCUGUCGAGAAAGUGGACAGGCCAGCAAUGGAGCUAUAUCUCGUCUCAUGGUUUUCAGUUGUCGGUCCUGUAAUUGGCCUCGGCAUCCCGAUUCAGAUGCUUAAGGAGCCAUAGUCCCAACAAACAGAUGUAAUUUGGACCAGAAUGU